CUCUGCCCCAGGGCGGUGCUCACCUGCCCGGGUGCUUGCCAGGUUUUGGAUGCUUUUCCUUUAAGGCACAACAGGUGGAAAUGCAGGGCUAGAGGUACCAGGAGUAUUUAAAACAACUUUGGCACUGCCAGAGCCCAGUGUUGGGCUGCAGCAGGGAGGCAGGAGAGGCACAGGAGGUCCUGGGCAUCAGCUACUGGGAGAGCAGCGAAUCCCCGAGCCUACAAGAAAAAAAACCAACAAGAAGUAUCAAGCAGUCUGCAGAAGUAACUUGGAGUGGAAUGUAAGAAAAAUGAUUCCACUGGUGUUCAUCUUCCUGCUCAAUUUCCUCCCAGCUCACUCAGCCAGCAGCAGAUACCCCCCCAAGCCAGCAAUCUCAAGCCCAGUGUUUGGGCCACGGGAGGUUUAUGGGCUGCUCGGAGGGGCAGUGACCGUGAAAUGCUUCUACCCCCCCAGCAGUGUCAACAGGCACGACAGAAAAUACUGGUGCAGGCAGACAGGCAGGGGCUGCAGGACCAUCAUCUCCAGCAGUGGCUACGUUGCAGCAGGCUACGAGGACAGAAUCUCCCUCACUGACUACCCAGAUGCAGAAAACUUCCAGAUCAAUGUCACCCAGCUGGCAGCAGCAGACACGGGCACCUACCAGUGUGGUGUGGGCAUCAAUGGCAGAGGACUCUCCCACAAAGUCAACCUGGAAGUAUCUGAAGGGCCACAUGUUCCCGAGGGAGCUGAGCUCUACUACGUGAAGCUGCAGAGCACUCUGACCAUGUCCUGCAACUUCGGGAAGGACACGGAGAGAGAGAGGAAAUUCCUGUGCAAGGUGGGGAAGAACGGCUGCUACGACAUCGUCGACAGCAGAGGGAAGGUGGAUGAGGACUUUGAAGGGCGAAUUCUGCUGAGCAACGAGAAGGCUCCAGGGGCCUUCAGCGUGGUGAUAACACAGACAGGCUGGGAGGACUCUGGUUUGUACCUCUGUGGCUUUGGCAUCUACGGGGUGAAGGGAGAGACCAAGGAACUGGAUGUGCACGUCUAUGAGGAGACCAGUGCUCCUCAAGGGAAGCCCACGGUACUUGGAAUAAAAGGAAGCUCAGCAACCUUCGAAUGCCACUACAACCCCCUAAAGAAAUCCUCCAGCAAGUACUGGUGCAAGUGGAGACAGAAUGGCUGUGCCUGGAUCAUAGGCAACGAUGGGACCGUGUCCCCCCCUUAUGAAGGAAGGGUGGCCAUGUACGACAACCCAGCUAACAAGACUCUCACCAUCAUCCUCAACCAGCUGAGCAGCGGGGAUGAAGGUUACUACUGGUGCAUGACAGAUGAGGAGAGGGAGCAGCAGUCAUCAACCCAGCUGAAGGUCAUGGAUGGAGAGCCUGGACUGACAGGAGAGAAGGAUGUGGAGGCACAAGUGGGGUCACAAGUCAAUUUAAUUUGCCAUUACCCGUGCAAGUACUACUCCUACGAGAAGUACUGGUGCAAGUGGGACAGCCCCAGCUGCACCUCCAUCCCUGCUUCAGACCAAAGCCACCCAGGACCUAAUGUCACCUGUGACACUGACAACAAAACACUCAUCCUCAGCUUUGCCUCGGUGGCAGAGUCAGACCAAGGCUGGUACUGGUGUGGAGUGAAGCACAAGGGCAUCCUUGGAGAAACCAUGGCAGUGAACCUGCGGGUGACAGGAGGGAGCAGCAGUGACCACAGCCUCGAGCUCCUGGAUGUUGAUACCCACAACCUCACCGAGCCCCCCAGCCAGGCCAAGGGGGGAUUAAACCCCCAAGGAAGAGCCUCCAGUGAUGCUGGGGUGCAAAGUGCAGCUGGUUCUGAAAGCUCUGAUGACCAAAGCCAGGGCCCCAACACCAUUUCUUUAAUCGUGGGCCCUGUGGGUGCUGUGCUCCUGGUCCUGGCCACGGCCUUUGCCAUUUUUAAAUACAGGCAGCUGAAGAGAUCUGACCUGGUGUCCGUGGGGAGCUACAGGACCAACAUCAGCAUGUCAGACUUUGAAAGUGUGAAGGAAUGUGGAGCAAACAACGAUGCCUGCACCAAGGAGAGCCAGGAGACUCAGCUGGGAGGGGAUGAGUUCAUCACCACUGCACCCACCCCAGAAAGUGCUGCAGAGACAAAGAAGGCAAAAAGGAGCUCCAAGGAGGACGCUGACCUCGCCUACUCCGCCUUCCUCCUGACCUCCGGCACCAUCGCGCAGGGCGGCCCCGGGGGACCCGGCGCUGCCCCAGAAUUGUCCCCCCCGAGCUGGGAGGGACAGGUCUGAAGGCGAGGGACCGGGAGGUGGCAGGAAGCAGCGCUAGCACUACCGCAACUCGCUUUAGCUUCACCUUUUUCUGCUAAUAUUCCGCUUCCAGCAGUGAUGCUGGAGGAAGCCAAACGGGGAGGCUGGGCUGGAGGGGGGCGAUCUGAGACAGGGCAGGAGCUUGGGUGGCUCAGCCCCUCCGUGACCUUCCAAGCACGGAAGGAACAUGUUUGGAAAAAUCUGGGUUUCUUGGAAAGGCAGCUGGAAAACCCUCCAGAAGAGCCACCCGGGCUUCUGAUUCCUCAAAGCUUUCUCACCCAGACGGCAGCACCUCAGACCCGAUGUGGGCUGAUGUGGCUUUAUGCACAAGCAAUAAAGAAUUACCACUGGCUUCAGCA